UGUCUGAAACUGUUAAAAAUCUCUCCGGGCAAAACAAAACUAAAAAGGAGAUCCGUAAGGAAAAAGAUUUGCGAAUAUCUUUUUUUUUUUAAUGAAAAAGGAGCAGCAAAGAGGAGGACGGUUCUUCCCUUUUCCGAAUCUUGAGACGGCGACGGUGAGGAAUUGUUUUCAGACAUGGCGUUUAAUAACAACGGGAACGUGUUCUUCGCGGCGGCGGAUCCUCUGCAGGGGAAGAAGACGAAGCUUCAAUCGUCUAGGAGUUGGGUUAGCAUAGUCGAGACGGGGGAGAGUGAGACGCUCGAUGUCGAUAAGUAUGCUAUCAUGCACCGUGUUCAGAUCCACGCGCGUGAUCUCCGGAUUCUCGACCCGAAUCUCUCUUACCCGUCUACUAUUCUUGGCCGUGAGAGAGCCAUUGUGUUGAAUCUGGAGCAUAUCAAGGCGAUUAUCACUUCCGAUGAGGUUUUGCUUAGGGAUCCAUCAGAUGAGAAUGUUAUUCCGGUUCUCAAGGAGCUUGAAAGACGCUUACCUGUUGGAAACGAAGCACAGCUUGGUCAAGGAGAUGGGAAAGAGAGCUCUGCUGCACAUAAUGACGCUGAUGCUGGUGAAGAAGAUGAUUCCCCUUUUGAGUUUCGAGCGCUGGAAGUUUUCUUGGAAGCAAUCUGUAGCUUCUUAGCUGCAAGGACAACAGAGUUAGAAACAGCUGCUUAUCCUGCUUUGGAUGAGCUUACCUCUAAGAUUAGUAGCCGUAACUUGGAUAGAGUUCGGAAGUUGAAGAGUGCCAUGACUCGGUUGACAGCUCGAGUUCAAAAGGUAAGAGAUGAGCUCGAACAGUUGCUGGAUGAUGACGAUGACAUGGCGGAACUUUACCUUUCAAGGAAACUCUCUAGUGCUUCCUCAGCGUCUAGUAGUCCAAACUGCUAUCUUACUUCCCCGACGAUAGGUUCCAAGAUUUCAAGAGCAAGCAGAGCGAGUCUAGCCACAGCUCGUGGGGAUGAAAAUGAUGUUGAAGAACUUGAAAUGUUGCUCGAGGCAUACUUCAUGCAAAUCGACAGCACUUUGAACAGAUUGACAACACUACGUGAGUACAUCGAUGACACAGAGGAUUACAUUAACAUCCAGCUAGACAAUCAUCGUAAUCAGCUGAUCCAGUUGGAGCUUGUGUUAAGCUCUGGAACCGUUUGCUCAGCAUUUUACUCUCUUGUCGCUGGGAUCUUCGGGAUGAACAUUCCAUACACAUGGAAUGAUAACCAUGGAUACAUGUUCAAAUAUGUCGUGAUCCUGACGGGAGCAAUUUGUGUAAUCUUGUUCACGUUCAUAAUGUCACACGCUCGGUACAAAGGGCUUGUGGGAUCUUGAUGUGCGAGUUUGGGCAGAGAGAGAGGGGUUUUAUGGUUGGUUAGAGAUAGUUUAAAGAGACUUCUAAUUGUAAAGAUGUGCUUUAUAUUACUCUACUACACAUCGAUUCCUUACAAUUGAAGCAUAUUUAAAAAUGUUUUUUUUAAUAUAUAAAGAAAACAAGCUUUUGGUCCA